GUCAGAUAAUAUUUUGACAUUCUUUACCACAUUUUACAGUAAAAAUGACGCUUUAUUUUUUUUAAAUGCCUCCUUUUAGGUUAGAAGGAAUCAAAAAUAAGCCCAAAGAUCGACUCGCAUCUCAAAUUUUGUAUUGCAAAAAAGAGUACAAUGAGAAAGUUAAGAUAACAGACUGGGAAAAAUACCUGGAGGAACGUCCAAUUGAUAUAAAUCCAUACGAUCCGAACUGUUUUCGACUGCACAACUCUCAUUACCAUCGAUUGGGGAACCAGGAACAAAAACCGCUUAUUUCAGAGACUCACGAUGCUAUGCGCGCUUAUGAUUUAAAAUCUAGGAAUAUUGCGCAAGGAUCAUCGGCCCAAUCACUUAUCAAUUUCUGUUCAUUUAAUGAUUAUAUUUGCGAAUAUACUAAGAAGGCCUGUCCAGAAAUAUGCGCAGAAGAAUACCUUAGUACUAUGCAAGAGAGCUAUCAGUCUCCGUAUCCGUAUGAAAUGAAAAGGUUAAGUAUGCUUGCAGUUGGAAAUCAAUAUAAAAAAAUGGCAAGUAGAAACCUAUGUAAAUUUUCCGACGAUAAUUUCAAGGCUUUUACAAAAACACUACAAGAGCAAAAAGGAUAUUGUCACAUGUCAAAUCUAUUAAAGGAUGACAUGAAGAAAAGAGAAACAUGUAAUCAAUUAAAAUAAAUAUAUUUAAAGUAAAUUUUCACAUUUUUUUUAGAAAAAUUAAAGCUAACUGGCUAGAACUAAUACUAUUUUAAAUGAUACAAUAGAAAUUUUGAGCUUACAAUUUUUUGACUUCAGUAGCUUAAUCUAAAUUUGGGACCUAAACAUGUUAUGAAUUACUAAGAGCUACCGAACACUAAACAUUUAAUAACUAUAUUUGAAUACAUAAAAAAUAACGUUAAAGAUAAAAAAACUUAAUAACCAAAUAAUGACAAGUGUAACAAAGUAAUGAAAUACCGUACAAAAACAACCUUUAUAACCAAAACAAAGAUUUUGAUUCUGAUUAUCAUACAAAAUAGUGUCGAAAUUCAAUGAACAAAAUAGCGUUUGAUGAAAAUUAAAAAAUAAAUACAUAAUGUAACCCUAACUAUAUUAAAACGAUGAAAAAAUAACUUAUUAAAGAAAAGUUUAGUAACUUCAUAGAAAAAUAUUUUGUCAGUCUAGUAUUAGAAAUGCUUAAAUGCAUUAUCUAAAUUACUUUCUUAACAACAAAUAACGGAAAACACACAAUAUACAUUUAAGUCUAUUUAAUUUAUAUCAAUUGUUAAGGUAAUGGGGUUUUUAAGCAAUUGAAACAAAAACAAAAGUUGAGAAUUUUCGAAAAAAUACAGUGCAACCACUUGUGUUUGAACACUGGCAAAAGAAAUCACCACAUAUAUUUCUUGAUACAUGUAGCUUUGUUUCAUAAAUGUAUUAUUUAAAAAAAUGUUUGUCCGUAAGUUAGAGUACAUAAUUUCUGUACCAAAAUAAAGAUGUUGCACUGUACAUUUUACAGCACAUCUUACAUAGAGGAAUCAGCGAAAAUCCGUCGAAAUUUUCAAGUAUUUACUUUCACAUUUCUACCCAGAAAAUUGCAAAAAUUUGAUAUAUGAAUUAUUGAUAUCUCAACCAGAACCCCUUUUCUCUCACCGAUCCCGUAAGAUUCUGGUAUUAUUUAUGGAUAAUCCAUACUUUUUUCGCCAGAAAAUGUCAUUUUAAGUGCCCCUCUUCCCAAUUCCACAUAGAAAAUUUUAAAAAUCCGACGUACCUACAUCGUACAAGACCCAGAAGGAGCCGUGUCAUAUACUGGCUUUUGUCAGAGCCCUGACUUUAUGAUGAGUUAUAACCCGCUAUAACUCAAGAAAGGGGAACACACAAUUAGUGAUGUUGGUAGCGAAUAUUUCAAUUCGAAUUUUGCAGGAAAUUUCAGAAAUUUCCGAAAUAUUCGGUCUCAAAAUCGCGAAUAUACGCAAAAAUCCGAAUUUUGCAAGAAAUUUCUUUUCAAAAUUCAAGACAUUGAGCAAAAAUUUAACGAAAGUGUAUCAAGUAUGCCGAUUCUUAAGUCAGAAGAAAAAGAAUGCUUCUCCGCCUUACAAAAUAAAAAACCUAUGGUUCUUGAACCAAUGCAUUUUGCCGCGAAUCUCUUGGACCCCUGUUUCCUGGGAGAGCACCUUAACAAUGAA